AUGCCGGUGACUCCUCUCCUGGUCUGGGAGAUGCCAGUGACUCCUCUCCUGGUCAAAGGUGAUGCCGUUGACUCCUCUCCUGGUCUUGGAGAUGCCGGUGACUCCUCUCCUGGUGAAGGUGAUGCCGGUGACUCCUCUCCUGUUGAAGGUGAUGCCGGUGACUCCACUCCUGGUCUGGGAGAUGCCGGUGACCUCUCUCCUCAUCUGGAAGGUGCCAGUGACUUCUCUUCUGGUUUGGAAGAUGCUGGUGAUUCCUCUGCUGGUCUGGGAGAUGCUGAAGACUCCUCUCCUGGUCUGAGAGAUGCCGGUGACUCCUCUCUUGGUCUGGGAGAUGCCAGUGACUUGUCUCCUAUUCUGGGAGAUGCCGGAGACUCCUCUUCUGGUGAAGGUGAUGCCGGUGACUCCUCUCCUAGUCUGGGAGAUGCCAGUGACUUCUCUCAUCUGGGAGAUGCCAGUGAUUUCUCUUCUGGUCUGGAAGAUGCUGGUGACUCCUCUCCUGGUCUGGGAGAUGCCGGUGACUCCUCUCCUGGUCUGGGAGAUGCCAGUGACUUCUCUCCUGGUCUGGGAGAUGCUGGUGACUCCUCUCCUGAUCUGGAAAAUGCCAGUGACUCCUCUCCUGGUCUGGGAGAUGCCGGUGACUCCACUUCUGGUCUGGGAGAUGCCGGUGACUCCUCUCCUGGUCUGGGAGAUGCCGGUGAUGCCUCUAUUAGUCUGGGAGAAGCCUGUGACUCCUCUCCUGGUCUAGGAGAUGCCAGUGACUCUUCUCCUGGUCUGGGAGAUGCCGGUGACUCCUCUCCUUGUCUGGGAGAUACCGAUGACUCCUCUCCUGGUCUGGGAGAUGCCAGUGACUUUUCUCCUCGUCUGGGAGAUGUCGGUGACUCCUUUCCUGAUGCCGGUGACUCCUCUCCUGGUGAAGGAGAUGCCGGUGACUCCUCUCCUGGUCUGGGAGAUGUCGGUGACUCCUCUCCUGGUCUGGGAGAUGUCGGUGACUCCUCUCCUGGUCUGGGAGAUGUCGGUGACUCCUCUCCUGGUCUGGGAGAUGCCAGUGACUCCUCUCCUGGUGAAGGUGAUGCCAUUGACUCCUCUCCUGGUCUGGGAGAUGCCGGUGACUCCUCUCCUGGUGAAGGUGAAGCCGUUGACUCCUCUCCUGGUCUGGGAGAUGCCGGUGACUCCUCUCCUGGUGAAGGUGAUGCCAUUGACUCCUCUCAUGGUCUGGGAGAUGCCAGUGACUCCUCUCCUGGUCUGGGAGAUGCCGGUGACUCCUCUCCUGGUGAAGGUGAAGCCGUUGACUCCUCUCCUGGUCUGGGAGAUGCCGGUGACUCCUCUCCUGGUGAAGGUGAUGCCAUUGACUCCUCUCCUGGUCUGGGAGAUGCCAGUGACUCCUCUCCUGGUCUGGGAGAUGUCGGUGACUCCUCUCCUGGUGAAGGGGAUGUCGUUGACUCCUCUCCUGGUCUAGGAGAUGCCGGUGACUCCUCUCCAGGUGAAGGUGAUGCCGUUGACUCCUCUCCUGGUGAAGGUGAUGCCGUUGACUCCUCUCCUGGUCUGGGAGAUGCCGGUGAUUCCUCUCCAGGUGAAAGUGAUGCCGUUGACUCCUCUCCUGGUGAAGGUGAUGCCGUUGACUCCUCUCCUGGUCUGGGAGAUGCCGGUGACUCCUCUCCUGGUGAAGGUGAUGCCGUUGACUCCUCUCCUGGUGAAGGUGAUGCCAAUGACUUCUCUCCUGGUCUGGGAGAUGCCGGUGACUCCUCUCCUGGUGAAGGUACAGCUUCUAAUGGUGACAUAAAUUAA